CUCCUUCUGGAACACGUGUGUAGACUCUGACUACGCUCUACUUUGCGAACGUUUAUGCUCAUGUCUUAACGCACAUAGGAAAUUGACAGCAGCAAAACAGUCACGUCCCCAAUUAGAUCGAGACUCUCAGUCCCUAUAAAAGGAAGAAAUAGCGAAAUGAGUGUCUCAGGUCGAAAUCCAGUAGCCUGGAACAACAUACAGUUAGCUGUAGACACAGCUGUAAAAGCUGUUAAUAAGCUAAAACCAAAAGUUAGUAAGAGCUAUUGGAUCUCCUCCGCCUCAUCCGAACUUAUUGACGCAAGAAGACUGAUUCCGACGAGCUCCGAUUAUGAUGAGGAGCGAAAGCUACUCAAACGAAAACUAACAGGAAGUCUUCGCAACGACUGUGAACAGUGGUGGGCGAAAAAAGCGAAAGAGAUGGAAAAUGCAUCGGCGAUUGGUAACAACAGACAACUAUUUAGGCUUAUCAGGGAAACAGGUGAUAAAAGCGAAUGUUAAGUGAAAUAAUCUCUAAGAAGAAUGGCAUCAUAAUUAGCCCGAAAAAUAAACGACUGGAACGCUUGAGAGAGCACUUUGAGGAGCAGUUUAGUUGGCCUACAGUCACACUUAACUUACCGAGCAUCCAACACCUUCGUGAAUGGGAUAUGGACACAUGUCCUCCUUCCCUAACUGAGGUUACUAAGGCUGUCACUAGUCUGAAACGAGGCAAAGCAGCAAGAUCCGAUGGAAUGAUUCCAGAGGUAUUUAAGUGCGGUGCAGACAGUUUACUGUCCGCGUUAACUAAGGUAUUAGGCAGCAUCUGAGAAUCAGAGGAAGUCCCAUCGGGUUG